GAGAGGCAGAGAGAGAGGGAGAGAGGCAGAGAGGGAGAGGAACUACAGUAACCCCUCCACGAAAACAACAAAACCCAGUCACUGUUUCGGAGAGGCCGAGAGUGGGCAAUGGUGUUAGACUCUGAGUCAGGAACCUCGGCUUCUGAACCUCGCUGUGUGACGCUGGCUAAAUGACUUAACCUCUCUGGCCGGCAGCUAGGAAUUCGCGGUCCCCCCUGACAACUCCUCCCCUUGCAGCCGAUUUCACUAGUGGGCCCCAAACCAUCCUUCUGAGGGUAGUGUGGUUUGGGUGUGGGGUGGGGAAGAUCUGGGCUCUGGGUUGGCCGUCAGACGGGUGUGUGGGAACGGGGAUGGCUCUGGGUUGUGUCCAGGGUUCUUUGCCCCCCCCCCCCCAUCCCGUGCCCCAUGGCCAGGCUAUCAUUUGCUGUUCUAUAUAGAGACCCAUGCGGCUGGCUGGAGCCUUAUAAAGGGAUCAGCCAGAUCCCUCCCCGGAGUUGGGCUGUCCGAUCUCGUAAGGGAGAUACGGGACUCGAACCCAUGGACACGUCGUACCCCCGUGGGGAACAUCUGCCCAUGACCUCCCGUGGCUCUGAGCCCGGUUCCGCCACCGUGAUCCCCAUGGGGGCUCCGCGCCCUCCGAGGGACCACUUGGUAUGGUCCGUCUUCAACACCCUCUACUUGAAUCUCUGCUGUCUGGGCUUCCUGGCUCUGGCUUAUUCCAUCAAGGCCCGGGACCAGAAGGUGGCCGGGGAUCUGGAAGCGGCGCAGCGCUUCGGCUCCAAGGCCAAAUGCUACAACAUCCUGGCGACCGUGUGGACGCUGCUGCUGCCCCUGCUGCUCGUGGCGCUGGUGGUGACCGGAGCCCUGCACCUGUCCCGCCUCGCCCAGGGCUCCAUGAGCUACUUCAGCGUCAAGUUCAACGAGGCUGAUUAUGACUGACCCGCGGCCUUGCCGAGUGCCCCCUGCCUCACACAUCUCCUGGAGACGCCGUCCUCCCCCCACCCCCCAGCAACCUCAGUCUAGGUCCUUGAGGGCCCCUCGGUCAGAGUCUGGGAUGAGAAGGAAGGCUGGCCGCCCCUCAGGCUUCGAGGUUUUAUUCCCCCCCCCCCAAAGGUUUCCCUCGUGCUCCACGCCGGCCUUUCCCCGCCCCUCAGCUGUCUCAGGCGCUGCCCGCGAGGGGGUCCCGAGUCCUUCGCCUGCAGAAGACCUGGGUGAGGCCAGUUUGAAGCCAUCCCCAGCUCCCUUCCACCUUCCCCAAAGUCCUUCCCCCACCAGGGAGGUCCCUCUCUCUCCCUUCAUGCCGCCCCCCCCUCCAGCUAGUGCCAGUCCCCCCAGCCCCCACGUCUCUUCCCCAGACAGCUCCUCCCAGCUUUCCCGAUGACUGCUUUACAGUCGCUUCGAGGCUUCUUGUGGGUGCUCCGGAGCCAGGAAAGUGGGUGCAGGGCAAUGCGCGCGUGGACGUGGCGGUGUGCGCGCUCAGCCACCCGGGGAGACCGAGGGGCGCGCUCGGACGUGUUUGUGUGUGCGUGCUCAGUCGGUCCCGGAGAAUCGGGCUGAGGGGGGCUGGAUCCAGAGCCCAGUCGGAGGGGAGACUCGCCCUAAGUAAGGCUGACCCGGGAGAGACUGAAAUCCUGAACUUCUGUGGAUUGUCCCACGGGAUAAAGUCCUGGACAUCUGGGGGGGCUCCAGCUGGGCCCCCAGGACAGAAGGGGAGGGGCAGCGAGGGGAGAGGCACUUCCACUUUCACCCAUUUUUGUGGCCCAGCUGUGGAGGGAGGAUCUGCCAGCUCCCACCCUGGGUGGCCCCGUCUGCCCCUGC